GAAAGAACAGGCCUUUCUCACCUGUCGUUACGGAAAUCUGGGCUCUUCUACAACUAUAUCCCAACUUUCUUUUGUUAGAGUUUUGACUUAGACGUCGCCAAUGGGCCAUCGCUAAUAUCUGAAUAGCCCAACGUCGGAAUUUUGAUUCAGCUCGAAUUCGCGAACACCGAAGCCCCAGAUCACAAAGUAAAAAAAAGAAAAGGAAAGAGGAAUGCCGCCUCGAAUUAAAUUGCUGGCGGCAAUUCGCCAUGCUUCGUCCUACCCGAUAUCUGGCUCUGCUCGAGCUCGGAAUGGUGUGAUUGGAGGCUGCGGUGGAACCAAGUGCACGUCUCCGUUUGCCGGUUUAAUAUCUACUACACAGGCAACAUCAUAUCAAAGACGCAUGAAUUCGACGUCGAGUGACAGCGGGAAGGAUGGUGCCGAUGAGGCACGGGGCCCAAACCAGGAUCAGCUACCUCAUGUCAGUGAAGAGGCGGCGCAGACGGCGAAGAUAUUGAACAAGAGAUGCGGUGAUGUUGGGGGACCGGAAUUAGAGCAGGGAACGCCGGUGGAAGAAAUCCUAAAACGUGACAAAGACGCCUUGAAGAAUAUGCCUAAAGUUCUCCGAGACGAAAUUGCGGCCAAAAAUAACAGCGGAUCUCGCUCUUUCUCAACCUACACUCGACAGAGACAACAAGAUAUGCAGAAUUCAGUAGUGGAACCAUCCGCUGCUGCUGUGGCUGAGAUGAUUGCUGCAGCUGGGGAGAUUGCAACGCUUGAAAAGAAAGGAUAUAAAUUUGACCCGCCAUCGACAGACUUGCCUAGAUCCGAAAAUUUAAAACGGCGAUAUGAGCCUCUGGUGGACCAGUUUACAAAGAUGCUUAUGAAGGAUGGGAAAUUGAGUCUUGCCCAGAAGCAUAUGAAUAUGAUCUUAGAUCAUCUCCGGACCUCACCUCCGCCAGCCGUCAAUCCCACCCGCCCUCUCCUCCCAGGCCCACCAACCCCUCAGCUACCUUUAAAUCCUGUCCUUUAUCUCACCCAAGUCAUCGACUCUGUUGCUCCACUCAUUAAAAUCCGCCAAUUAAAAGGUGCUGCUGGUGGUGGUAUGUCGCUGCCCAUUCCUCAGCCACUAUCGCUUCGCCAGAGGCGUCGAACGGCUAUCAAAUGGAUUCUUGAUGCGUCUGAGAAGAGACGGGAUACGCAGUUUGCCAUGAGAGUCGCGAACGAGGUUGUGGCUGCUGCGGAAGGUAGGAGUUCAGUGUGGGAGAAGAGAAGCCAGGUGCAUAAGCAGGGCACUACUGCCAGAGCGAAUCUCCGGUAUGCUCCUGGUGCAAGCAGAAGGAGGUAGUAUGCGGAUCUGGAUGUUGUUCACUCAGUAUCUCAAGCAUGUAUAUUA